UCCGUUCCGAUACUGCUCCCGCCAUUCCCAUAGCAGAGAAAACCUCUCUCUCUCUCUCUCGGAAAAUGGCAGCUACCACCGAAUCCCCAACCGCUACCAACUCGGGCGACUCGGUCCGGAUCGCUGCCCGAUCCUCACUCGUCGACUCGCUCAGAGGCUGCGGCCUCUCCAGCAUCCGCAUCGACAAGGAGCAUCUCAAGCGUCGGAUCCUCAUACCCCACCACCUCCGCGUCGCGAUCGUACAGGCCAUCCGCACCAAAGACCCGUCCGCCGCAGCUACUGACGCGCAUGACGCCGGCGGCAGCGGCGAAGCUCCCGAGGCGCCGAUGGUCGUCUUCGUAAAUUCGCGGAGCGGCGGACGGCUGGGUCCCACCCUCAAAGGCAGGCUGCAGGAGCUGAUCAGCGAAGAACAGGUUUUUGAUCUUUCAGUUGUAAAGCCACCUGACUUUGUCCAGUAUGGAUUGGCUUGCCUGGAGAAGUUGGCUCUUCUUGGUGAUCAAUGUGCGAAGGAAACUCGGGAGAAACUGAGGAUCAUGGUUGCAGGGGGCGAUGGUACAGUGGGUUGGGUGUUAGGAAGUAUUGCAGAACUCUAUAAGCAGAAUAGAGGGCCCAUUCCUCCAGUUGGGAUUAUCCCACUCGGCACAGGCAAUGAUCUUUCUAGGAGUUUUGGUUGGGGUGGUUCAUUUCCCUUUGCAUGGAGGUCAGCAGUGAAACGCUCUCUGUACAAUGCUGUUACAGGCCCGAUUCGUCCUCUUGAUAGUUGGCAUGUUGUGGUAUCAAUGGCUGCGGGACAAACUGUACAACUCCCCCAUUGUCUGAGGCAUUUGGAGGAGUGCCCUUUCGGUCAGAAUGGGGACAUUGAAGGGGACUUGCCUGAAAAGCUUUCUUGCUUUGAAGGAGUUUUCUAUAAUUACUUCAGUAUAGGAAUGGAUGCACAAAUUGCCUAUGGGUUUCACCAUUUACGUGAUGAAAAACCAUACCUUGCACAAGGUCCAAUUGCAAAUAAGUUGAUCUACUCUGGAUAUACCUGCACCCAAGGAUGGUUCUUUACACCUUGCAUGAGUGAUCCAAAAUUAAGGGGACUCAAUAACAUUCUACGGCUGCAUAUAAGAAAGGUCAAUAGCUCAGAAUGGGAGCAGAUUCGAGUUCCUUCAAGUGUUAGAGCUGUAGUUGCUUUAAAUCUUCAUAACUAUGGAAGUGGAAGGAAUCCAUGGGGUCGAUUAAAGCCGGAAUACUUAGAGAAGAGAGGCUUUGUUGAGGCCCAUGUUGAUGAUGGGCUGCUUGAAAUCUUUGGCCUAAAGCAAGGGUGGCAUGCUUCAUUUGUUAUGGUUGAGCUCAUCUCCGCCAAGCAUAUUGCCCAGGCAGCCUCAAUUAGAUUGGAAAUCAGAGGUGGGCAGUGCGAACGAGCAUAUAUGCAGAUGGAUGGGGAGCCAUGGAAACAGCCAAUAAAUGGUGAAUAUUCAACCAUAGUAGAGAUUAAAAGGGUGCCCUUCCAGUCGCUCAUGGUAAGUGGAGAGUGAUCGCUUUAAGCUUGCCGCCGAUUCAGGUUUGGAUCAAAUUGUGUUUUUUCUCAGAUUCUAAUAAAAUCAUAAGAACUUGUAUAGCAUCUGCAAUUGAGCAGGUUUUCUAGAUUGCCCUUUAUUAAAUCCAUAUCAACUUGACAAACCAUAAACAAAAGCUGUAAAUUCUAUUUUUGUUUAAUUUGUAAACAGUAGAUUGAGAUCCAUGAAGUAAUGAAAGCAUCGAUUUAGGCA